CGCGAAUUCCUAUUACAUCAUCGAAACGAUGUUCGCGCUGGUUCGUUUUUUAAAAGAAUUUGAUCAGAAGGGGUACGUGGUUCCGGUGCGGUGCAUUAAGGACUUUCAUCCGGUGAACGAAAAUGACUUCGAUAAGAACGGAGUAUACACGACGUUCUGGGAGGACAAUGAAAACUCCGAGAACACUGGAUCGUAUCCUUCGCAAGUGCUGCUUCUGGCAAAUUCCGAAGAAGAACUGCAAGCGAAGAGGGCAUCCAGAAGGGUGCGCAAGGCCGUAAUCCACCCUUCAGAUCUUGAAACUGGAGAAGGAAGUGAGCAUGAGGCAUCUGCUUCUCAGAAGCAAACAUCCAAACAGGACUGUCGUAACUAUUUACAGGAGAAGAAAAGGCAGAAAGUGCACCAGUUGGCAUCUAAGAGCUCUGCCUAUCAAAGCAUCCUUCAAGAGCAUCUGGAAAACUCUAGGAAAAAAAAUGAAGCCGCCUGUGCCGUCCGGGUCUCUACAAAACGACGUCGUCCUGCAACUGAAUCGGACAGCGACAGUGAUGACUAUGUCGUUUCUGCGUCAGAGCUGAAGCGUGCCAGAAGCGAGGCGAGGUACUGGCGCCACCGCUGUGAGGAAGCCAUCAAAGAGAAGGCCCAACUCACCAACAUCAUAGAAUCUAUGAAUGGGACUAUCGCUAGCAAGCUGACAGCCAUUGAGGAGAAACUGGAGUCAAGAAGGCCUAUUCAGCUGCCAGAAGUGCAGGCAGUUCGUCCAGAUUCCCAGCAAGAAGAUCCAUGGAUUCCAAGAUUAAACAGUGGCUGCAUACCACAUCAACACGUCCCGGAGACAAGUGUGCAGAGAGCACGAGCAACACCUCCCAAUCUUCCAGCAAGCUUGGCCAGAGGACCCCCAGAAGUGCCCAACACUGAGCAGCUAGAUUCGCCCCCAAGGGAUCCCCCAAGUAUCCUCCCAACAGAUGACCAGCCCAAGAGCUUCCAAAGAGCCACCUCGGGAUCCCCAUCAGCCACAGUGGAUGACCCUCAGGCUGCGGGUCAUGCUCCUUUUACUGACGUCGGUGGUGGCAGGUUCCACUUGAAAAGGGGCCUGACGGUUGGCAGCAAGCAAGCAAAGAAAGCCUUGGGACAGACGAAGCCAGCGCUAGUAGCAAAGGACAUAUCACAAGCAAUUUGGGGUCGUCAGGGGCUGUCUGAGCGAACCUAUGGGGGUAAAUUAGCCCCAAAAGACUAUUACAAGUCUGGUGCCACUGCAAGGAAGGAGAUGACCCCUGAAAAAGUGGCCCUGGUGAUUGAGACAGUGACAUACUGGGGAUCCCGAACAGGAAUAUCUGUGACACACGCCCUCAAGAACAUGUCAACUAUUCUGUCGCAAAAAAUCCAAGAUGUGCGCAAGAGCAUGAGGCGUUUGGACAUGUGAAUUGAGCAGAGGCGGGGAUUUAAAACAGCUUUUUGUGAGUUAAGGCUCGUUCACACUCUUGCAACCGAGUACGACUGAGAGAGACAAGACCGGUUUUUAAUCCUCUUGCGACUUCUUAGGACCAGGCGCGCUGCUGCGGAGCUGGUACUAAGAAGUUGCAAGAGGAUUAAAACCGGUCUUGUCUCUCUCGGUCGUACUCAGUUGCAAGAGUGUGAACCAGCCUUUAGGAGUAGGAAUGCAAUUGUGCUGUAAGAGCUACAAAAAAUGCAAACCUUUCAGUUCAGAGCACUGUUCGCCCAUGCCUAGUUAGGGGGUCUCUACGGAAGAUGCAAUAUGAACAAGGAUAGAGAUAAAUGGGAAUAUUGAAGGUUUACCCCUGCACAUAUCAGUUAAACCUAGAACACCUUUUUUUUUUUAAUUCUGCCAUAUGUGAAAAAAAUGUGUAUUACGCCGCUUUUCUUUGGCAUGUACAGUUGGAAACAAAAGUUUCCGGACCACAGGAGCUGUGGCAGAUUUGCAUUGUUGCGCCCUCUGAUGACUCGGCACCUGGCGUCGAGACCGGCGCUUAGCGCAUGCGCAUCCUGCGAUGCUUGCAGGGAUGCCGGUUUCCUCGUCUGCAACUCCCGCGCUCCGAUUGUUGACAACCUGUCACAUGAUGCUGCUUCAGAAGCAGCAGUGGUAAGAGGUGCCCGUGAAU